GCCGUGACGUCACGGUGACGUUACCGCGUCGUCGGCGCCGAGCGGGCCAGAAUAGCCGGUGCGGCGGCCUCGAGGCUUUGUGCGUGCGCGGGAAGAGCGUGUGUGCGUGCGUGCAGGUGCACGCGCGGAAGAUGCUGAACAUGUGGAAGGUUCGAGAGCUGGUGGACAAAGCUACCAACGUGGUGAUGAACUACUCCGACGUGGAGUCCAAGGUGAGAGAGGCCACCAACGACGACCCCUGGGGGCCGUCCGGCCAGCUGAUGGGAGAAAUCGCCAAGUCCACCUUCAUGUACGAGCAGUUCCCCGAGGUGAUGAACAUGCUGUGGACCAGGAUGCUGAAAGACAACAAGAAGAACUGGAGGCGCGUCUACAAGGCCUUGCUGCUGCUGGCCUACCUGAUCAGGAACGGAUCGGAGCGGGUGGUGACCAGCGCGCGAGAACACAUCUACGACCUGCGAUCCCUGGAGAACUACCGCUUCACGGACGAAAACGGCAGAGACCAAGGCAUCAACGUGCGGCAGAAGGUCAAGGAGACGGUGGAGUUUGUCCAGGACGACGAGCGACUGCGAGAGGAGCGCAAGAAAGCCAAGAAGAACAAGGACAAGUACAUCGGGGUCUCCUCGGACAGCCUGGGAGGAGCCGCCUCCAAGAACCCCUGUGAGCCGGAGCGCGGCAAAUGGGAGGAGGACUGGGACAAGGGCCGGGCGGCGUUCCCCUUCGGCGAGAAGCUCGGCGAGAUCGGCGAGAAGAUCGGCAGCACCAUCGACGACACCAUCGGCCGCUUCCGCAAGAAGGAGCGCGACCGCUCGCCCGACGGCAUCAGCGACAACGAGGAGGACGCCACGUCCGGGAAGGGCCCGCGGGAAGCCGGCGAGAGCGCCGCCGCGCGCCGGCGCGGCAAGACUUUGGACCCGGGGGCCGCCGCCCGCUGCACCGGGGACGGGAGUCCCGACCAGGACCAGGUGUCCGGCGGCGGGGGGGGGCCGGCCGACCUGCCGGUCAUCGAUUCGUUGGCCGUCGGUGAGCGUCCGUCCGUCCGAGCGGGCGCCGCAUCCGCCGACCUGCUCGCCGCCUUUGCCGACUUCUCGUCAGCGGCGGCGUCCGCCAGCCUGCCCCCCUCCGGCGCGGCGGCAACGGCUGACGGCGGCGCAGACUUUGGAGACUGGAGCGCCUUCGCGGAGCCCCCGACGGCGGCGGCCGACUUGUUGGGCGGCGAGCCCGCCCGCGUCCCGCCUUCCGCCGAGCUCUUUGACCUGAUGGCCGGGGCGCUGAGCGCCUCGCAGAGUUUGACCUUCGCGCCCUUCGCCGCCUUUGACGCGCCCGCCAACAUGCCGGCGUCUCGCUCCCAGCAGAGUCUGGGAGCUUUGACGUCUUGGCCGCCCGUCGGACUCCAGCCGAAGGUCGGGGUCCCGGCUCAGGGAUCUUUAGGCUCCACCUGGUCCGACCCGUCCGUCAACAUCAGCCUGGACUUGUUGUCGCCGAGCCCCAAGCCCGCAAAGUCACCGGCGGCCCUCAAGGACGGCGCGCGGCAGCAAGGCGCGCCGCCUCCCGUCCGCACGCUGUUGAACAACUUGGGCGGCCUGGACCUCAACCUGGCAUCGCCGCCGCUCCCCGUCGGACCUCCGACCAAUCCGGGCGUGGCAACGGGCGGGCCCGCGGCCGUCAGGAUGGGGGCGCCGGGGCUCGGCGCCGCGGCGGGGGGCGCGCCCCGCCAGGACGACCUCGCCGGCAAGACCGGAUGGCUCUUGGGCCACUUUGCAAAUUGAAGGGGCGUGUCCAAGUGAGGCGAGCGCUGGCGGCGGUGCGCCUCGCCCCUCGGCACGCCGCGCUCGCCAUCCUCCCAACUCCCGACAAGUUUGCACGGCGGCCUUCGGGGUGACGUUUCAGGACGGCCCCGAAACGCGCGCCGACCUUUCCCGGUCACCGCCCGGAACGUGUCGAAUGUUUCCCGGGACCUGAAUGGCGCAAUUCCCAAGAGGCCAUCCUGCGACUCUUCCGGUCGGUUUGCGAGCGACCACCGCCCGCGCUUUGACGUCUCGAGAGCGAGACGAGUUCAACGAUCCGUCGAGGGCGCCGGGCGGCAACCGAGACCGACCGACAAAGAAGCCUCCCGCAAAGGCCUGCGCCCUUGGAAACGAGCGGGGGACGCGCCGGCGUCAAUUCCAGCAGGAAAUUGUGAACGUUGCCGCCGGGCUCCUUUCCAACGGUGACUUGCGCAAAGCGUCCACAAACAAAACGGCUGCACAGCUGUCGGCGGGGCAAA